CUAACUAGGUGAACAUGGCAGCAGGGUACGCAUCCGGUUAUUCUCUAGAACACACUCCAACAUGGGCAAUUGCCCUAGUUUCUUUCAUUCUUAUCUCCGUCUCAAUCAUCUUGGAGCAUCUCAUUCAUCUAAUAAUCAAAUGGUUAAAGAAACAUCGGAGGAGCGAUUUGGUUGAAGCAAUUGAGAGGCUUAAAUCAGAGUUGAUGAUCUUAGGAUUCAUGUCGCUUUUGUUGACAGUAACUCAAGACGCUAUAAUAGAAAUCUGCAUACCAGUGAUGGCUGCAGAUACUAUGCUUCCAUGUCGUAAACGAACUAACAAUGCUACUUCAAUUUUGGAUUCUUGCAGUGCCAAAAAUGCCAGUAAAGUUGCUUUAGUAUCAAAACAUGGAAUCCAUCAACUUCACAUGUUCAUUUUUGUCCUAGCUCUCAUGCAAAUUGUGUACAGUUUUCUCACCGUGUCUCUGGCAAGGGCUAAGAUGAGGCACUGGAAAGCUUGGGAUGAAGAGACUCAAACAGUUGAAUAUGAAAUUGCCAACGACCCUAAUAGAUUCAGAUAUACAAGGCAAACAACAUUCGGUAGACGGCACAUAUCUACUAGUACGCCAUCACCAGUAUAUGUUUGGAUUAAAUGUUUUUUCAGACAGUUCUUUCACUCAGUAGAAAAAGUUGAUUAUCUCACCCUGAGGCAUGGUUUCAUAUCAGCUCACUUUUCAGCUAGGAACAACGACUUCGAUUUCCAAAACUACAUUGAACAGUCACUUGAGGAAGAUUUCAGAAUCAUAGUGAGCAUUAGCCCUGUGAUGUGGUUCACUGUUGUUAUUUUUCUGCUGGUGGACGUACACGGUUGGCAUGUGUAUCUCUGGUUAUCCUAUGUUCCCCUCUUGCUGGUUCUGGUUGUGGGAACUAAACUUGAAGUCAUUGUCGACCAAAUGGCUCUUAAAAUGAAAGAUGUCAAUAAUGUGACCAAGGGGACCCCACUUGUUUGUCCAAGUGACGAAUUCUUCUGGUUUGGCCAUCCCGGAUUUGUGUUAACACUCCUACAUUACACUUUAUUCGUGAAUGCAUUCGAGCUUGCCUUCUUUAUAUGGGUAUCAACACAGUUUGGAAUAAAUUCUUGCUACCACGAACACAGAACAUUUACAAUCAUAAGGGUGGUGAUAGCGGUGGCAGUUCAAGUCCUGUGCAGCUAUGUUACUCUCCCCCUCUAUGCACUAGUGGCACAGACACUUAGCACUUCCUAUGUCAUGUGGGAGUGUCUUGACAUUGGAUUGUUACAGAUGGGUUCAGAAGUGAAGUGCAAAGCAUUGGCUAAAAUGCUGAAGCAGUGGCAUGUUGAGGUGAGGGAGAGAAGGAAGAACCGAGAACAACUCAAGUCUUUUAGUUUUAGGCACACAAACAUGUCCUCAGAAUGGAGCCAAGUAAAUAAGACUGCCCCUGAUUUUUCUUCCACACUAUGUGAAAGCAUUCGUUCUUCUGAUGAAGGAGAAAUUGUAGAAGAAUUGGAGCAUAUGGAUAAAACAAAGGCGUGCUCAUCAAGUGAUCCACCUGGUGUUGUGUAAUUAGUCAAGUGAUCCACCUGGCUUUGUGUAAUUAGUAUUGCCAAAUAUGAGGGGUACAUAAUGAAUUAGAACUUCAAUUAGUAUUGAUUCUAUUCGACGUCUUCAUAUUCAUUUUGGGUAUAUAAUUAAUAACUUCCGAUUUUAGUAGUGUAAGUUGCGUUAAUGUUUCAAUCUCUUGCAUCCAUGCAUUAAUUUGUACUGCUUAUAUAGUAAAAUCUGAUGUGACUACAAUCGUACAAUAUUAUUUUUUUUAAUUACUAUAA